CAUUAUUAUGGAGUAAAAAACGUCAUCGUUUUAAAAGUGCGCGCAACGCGUGCGGAGGUGAUAAGGCUUUAUGGUCGGUCAAAGUAGGACGACUUUCUUCGAAUAUAAAUACGUUUGUUUUGGUUGUGAAGACAUAAUUAAUCGAGUGUUGAAAAAUUUAGGGUUUUGAUCAAAAGAAAAUUUGAAAAGAUGUUGGAGGUGGUGUUGAACGAUCGAUUGGGAAAGAAGGUGAGAGUGAAGUGUAAUGAGGAUGAUACAAUUGGGGACUUGAAGAAGCUUGUGGCUGCACAGACUGGUACCAGAGCUGAAAAGAUUAGGAUUCAGAAGUGGUACACUAUCUAUAAAGAUCAUAUCACUCUUAAGGAUUACGAGAUUCAUGAUGGCAUGGGCCUUGAGCUCUACUACAACUGAUAAAGGAUUAUGGCAAUGGAAGAUUUGUCGGGAUCUUGAGCAAAACGACUCUGAUAUUACUAUUUAUCUACGCGUCUAUGUUUAUGUAUAUUAACUGCUACAUUUCAGUAAUUAAAAUUUGACAUGUAAUGAUUAAUGAUACUAUAUUAAUAUUGUUGUGGUACGUUGUGCUUAAUUUUAACAUUUACUUUCUUAUA